AUGCCGACGCCCGAAUCCGCCUCCUUCAAAGCAGCCAAACCCACGGUCCCACCUACCUUCGACGGGGUAGACUACGAUGACAAUAAAGCGCUCAAAGCUGCGCAGGAUUCGAUUAUCCGCGAGCAGUGGGUACAGAGCAUGAUGGCGCGGCUGAUCCGCGAGGAGAUGGGAAAGUGCUACAACAGGGAGGGCGUGAACCAUUUGGAGAAGUGCGGACAUCUGCGAGGUGAGAUACAGCGCACUGUUUGACAUGUGAUGGUUCUGGACGCUGAUCGGAGGGACAGAGCGGUAUUUGCAGCAAUUGAAGCAUGCGAAGGUUAAGGGAUACUUGUUUCAGCAGCAGAAUUACAUACCCAAGGAAUAG